AUGGCUACAUCGCAGUUGGCAGCACUGUAUAUUACUGUGUUCUUGUUGUCUAUGAGUACUAGUACUCCAACACUAGCAGUAUCAGUACCCAUGACAAAGCCUGGUUGUUCAACUCAUUGCGGAACUGUUGAAAUUCCAUAUCCUUUUGGGAUUGAACCUGAUUGUUACAUUAACGAAUGGUUCCAAAUACUCUGCGAAAGCUCCACCGGCCUUCUCAAGCCUCUCUUGAACAGCAUGCAUCUGGAGGUGUGGGAUAUUUCUGUUGCAGGCACGAUAAGGGUCACAAACCCGAUCACCUUCUCUAAUUGCAGUAACAGCCUGGUCAACCCUGUCCAGACAUUCACUCUGGAGGGAAGCCCUUUUCUGUUCUCCCAGAAAAAUAGGUUUACUUCAAUCAGUUGCAACGAAAUUGCUCUGCUGACUUCAUCAGACGGAUAUCCAAUUGGUGGUUGUUUGUCUAUUUGUGAUAACGGAUCUUCUCUUACUCCUAGCAGUACUGGGAGAAUACUAAACCAUGAUAGUUGCAGUGGUACAAACUGCUGCCAGUCCACAAUUCCGCUUGAUCUUUAUGCCUUCAAUACUAGUUUUCAGAAGUUGAAUGAUGUGAAGAUUGGAAGUGCCUGCAAUCAUGCAUUCCCGGUAGACCAGGAUUGGUUUAUGUCAAACUCAAUAAACAUUUCUCCGGCUGGUGAAAUAUUUGACUCCAUCCCUGUAGUGCUGGAUUGGAACUUAUAUAACUAUUCGCCUCCUGCCCUUAGUGAGGAUGACCAUUUCGUCAAAUCCUUCCACUGCGAAAGAAUUCAAAAUAAAAUGCAGCCCCAGAACAUUAGUACUCGAUGUUUCUGCUCAAAGGGCUUUCAAGGAAAUCCAUAUUUUUUUCUGGGAUGUCAACAAGAUGAGUGUGGUGCUAGGAGUCAUAUCUGCCAAAGAUCCUUUCCGAGUUCUGUGAGCUACACAGGCCUUGGACUACUAAUCUUCCUCAUAGUGGUCGCACGGUGGUUGAACAGGGUCAUAAAGAAAAGGAAACACAAUAAAAGCAAGGCAAUGUUUUUUAAACAAAAUGGUGGUUUACUGUUGCAGCAACAAUCAGCCACCGGCGAAGUCCAUGUUGAGAAAAUUAAGCUGUUCACUUCCAAGGAGUUGCUCAAAGCCACAAACGAGUUUAAUGUAAACAGAGUUCUUGGCCAUGGAAGUCAAGGUACCGUUUACAAAGGAAUGUUGGAAGAUGGAAAAAUUGUUGCUGUAAAGAAGUCCAAAAUAGUUGAUGGAGGCGAAGUUGGAGAGUUCAUUAAUGAAAUUGUCAUUCUUUCACAAAUCAACCACAGGAAUGUCGUCAAGCUAUUAGGUUGUUGCUUAGAGACAGAAGUUCCGCUUUUGGUUUACGAAUUCAUACUCAAUGGAAGCCUUUCUCAAUACAUUCAUCAUCAAAAUGAUUUUCGUCUCACAUGGGAAAUGCGCUUACGAGUUUCUAUGCAAGUUGCUGGAGCUCUUUCCUACUUGCAUUCAUCUACUUGCCUGCCAAUUUACCAUCGAGACAUCAAGUCAGGUAACAUACUCCUGGAUGAUAAGUUUAAUGCCAAAAUAGCUGAUUUUGGGACUUCAAGAUCCAUUAGCAUUGACAAAACGCAUCUUACAACACUAGUAAAAGGAACAUUUGGUUAUCUAGAUCCAGGAUAUUUUCAAUCCAGCCAAUUUACGGACAAGAGUGACGUUUAUAGCUUUGGAGUGGUCCUUGUUGAGCUCUUAACUGGACAAAAACCAGUUUUCUUGACACCAUCUGGAGAAUGGAGUAGCCUAGCAACUCAUUUCAUUGAGUCCAUGGAAGAAAAUAGUCUGUUUGAUAUUAUUGAUGCGCGAGUUCGAGUUAUGAAGGAUGGUGGGAAGGAAGAGAUCAUAGCAGUUGCUAACCUUGCCAAAAGAUGCUUGGAUUUGAAUGGAAAGAAACGUCCAACUAUGAAAGAAGUAGCAGCGACGCUAGAGGAAAUUCUACUGUUAGUUACUAGUUAG